CCGAAGGCGGAGAUGAAACGGAGGAUGAGUUUCUGAAACGAGGAGCUACCUCUAUUAUCUGUUAAUGGUUUGGUUAGAGGAAAUCAGACGUGGAGCAGACAACGGAGAAAUGUCUGUGGCUCAGGGUCUGGACGGUCAGCUGCAGGACAAAAGGGUUGGUGCGUUACAUUUGUGCACUAACCUUGAUCUGUCUGGGAAGAUAUAAACAUUCACCCCUGCUCUCAGAGCUACAGAGAGCCGUAAACAAAACAAGCAUCCAGUAAGAGUGUUGUGUAUGCACCUGCAGCCUUGUUGUCCCUUUGAUGGAGAGAAGAGGAGCCCCAGCUCCCAGAACUACAAAGAGGAGAAAUCAAAACAAAAUGACCUGAUUGACUUUAGAUGGUGAGAGGUGGAGCCUAAGAGUGUUGAGGCACUUGCAAGCAGUUUUGCUGGUCAUUUGGUUUUGAGACAAGCAGCAGGAGCCAUGAAGAGACACUUCACCUGCAGCGAGGCCUUGGAAAUGGUUAUGCAGCCUGACUCUUCCACCAAGCAGGAGGAUUCAUCAGACUCUCCUCCUGACACAACCAGCUCAGAUUCAGAUCCUGAUUUUGUUGCCCCGCCCUCAUCAUCCUCUCCAUCAUCUUCCACUGAGGACGAGGAGGAUACAGAGGAUACGGAGGAUACAGAGGAUCCUGGAUCUGGGUGGGUUGGAAAGAAUGGGCAAGUGUGGUUUCCCACCAACACAGAGACCACACACUUUACCCAGCCUGCCAGAGGCUUGACUCCAGGUCCAACACACUACGCCAUUGUGAGGGUCCACAACCUGGAAUCUGCCUUCAACCUUUUUUUCACGACAGAGAUGAUGGACCUGAUUAUCAAAAUGACAAACCUCAAUGGGAACCGCACAGCAAAGAGUUGGACCAAUGUGGACUCCACAGAGCUCCGUGCUUACUUCGGGCUCCUGAUUCUGGCCGGAGUCUACAGGUCCAAAGGAGAGUCCACACGCUGCCUUUGGGAUGAUCGAAGCGGCCGUGCUAUUUUCAGAGCCACCAUGCCCCUUUUUAGAUUUCAUGAGAUCAAUGCAUCUCUGCGCUUUGAUAAGCUUGAGAGACCAGCUCGCCAUAGGGAGGACAAGCUUGCGCCCAUCAGAUCUUUGUGGGAAAUGUGGACACAUCGCCUGCCCCUCCUUUUCAACCCCGGCAAAGAUGUCACUGUUGAUGAACAGCUGGUGCCAUUCAAGGGGAGAUGCAAAUUUCGGCAGUACAUGCCCAAAAAACCCGCCAAAUAUGGGUUGAAGAUUUGGGUAACAGCUGAUGUCACCACAUCGUAUGCUUGGAAGUGUGACAUUUACCUCGGGAAGAUGGGGGAUGCUGCAGAGGUGGGCCAGGGCAAGCGUGUUGUCUUGGAGAUGACAGAGGGACUCCAGGGCGUCACCGUCACGUGUGACAAUUUUUUUACUUCAUACACCCUUGCCCAGGAGCUUCUCCAAAGGAAAGUGACUUUGGUUGGGACAAUCAGGAAGAACAAACCUGAGCUUCCACCCAACCUGGUCCAGACUAAAGGACGAGCUACCCUCUCCUCUGUCUUUUGCUUCACAAAGAACACCACGGCUGUCAGCUACCUACCAAGACGGGGGAGAAAUGUGAUCCUCCUCAGCACAAAACACCGGGAGGCAGCGGUGACUGAAGGCCCAAAGAUGAAGCCAGACAUCAUCAUUGAUUACAACCGGUGCAAGGGAGGUGUCGACAAUCUGGACAAGGUGGUCGGCACCUACAGCACAAGAAGAAGAACCAAUCGGUGGCCACAAGCGUUGUUUUUUAACAUGAUCGAUGUCUCAGCAUAUAAUGCUUUCAUCAUCUUCACAGCUGUGGAUCCCUUCUGGAACCAGACCAAAAAGUUCAAAAGAAGGCUUUUCUUGGAAGAGCUGGGAAAUGCUCUGGUCUCUGCAGCAAUAUGUAGGAGAAGAUGCCUCCCUCAUGCACCAGUGGCUGCUGCACUGGUAAGGGAGAUCCAGGCUGCAGCUGCCCCUCCAGAUCCUGAGCCACAGCCACCGGCACACCCCAGCAGCUCAGGAGUGAGGAGGGGAUCAUGCAAAUGGUGUGCAGGACGAAAAAAAAGGACAUUCGCAACCUGUGCCCUCUGUGGAGCACAUACAUGCAGGGAGCACCAGGUGACAUGCUGCAUAUCUUGCUGCAGCUGAACACACACACGCAAAUACACCCCCACACACACCCACACACACACACACCUCUUGCAUCAUUGUCCAGUUUAAUUGUUCAGUUCAAUUGUUCAUUGUUUUGGUUGUUUAUUUGAGGAGGUUGUUUCAUUGCAUUCUGUUUCUAAUAAAUGGCCAUGUUCAUAUAUC